AUGAAAUCAAAUAUUUCAAUAUCGUACGAAGAAUUUGGAUCCAGAGGAGAUCCGCAUUUGGAUACGACAAGCAUGGAUUAUAGAAGAAAUAAUCGUAGAUAUUACACAAUUGUUAUUACAAAUAAUUUAUCUAAUCCUAGCUCACUGACGUAUCACUAUCCUUGUUUCAGAGAAGAACCUAGCCCAGGACAACAAAGAAACCGAGAGAGAAAUUCGUCUUACUGUUUAACAGCGGUCGAUAGACGAUCAAGAAGAAGAUUGAAAAGUCGCACCAAGUCGAAAUAUCCCUCGGACGAAUCGCCGGGCGAUUCCAUCGAUUCAGCUAACUUUGAGAAUUCACAGGACGCACUUCGAAGAAUUCAAGGAGAAAAAUCAAAGAGAUUAAAGGCAGGCGUUCAAACGUCCUCGCUGACGGAAGACACCGAAUCUGCCCGUUCAAAGAAAGACGAAGUCGAAGUGGAUCGCGUGCUGGACAAGAUCAAGAACACCUGCCCCUUUUGUGAGAAGCGUUUCGACGACGCAAAGAAAGUGGAGAACCACGUGACGUACGUGCACCGAAAACCGUACAAAUGCGACAUGUGUAAAAGAGCGUAUCACACGGCUCGUACGCUGGAGGAGCACAAAGUGAUCCAUCGGCCGGAUUACUUUUUCGAGUGCAAGAUCUGCCACGUGAAGUACAAGAGCGAGAACAGCUUGAAGAGGCACGACAUGCGCACUCACGGCGACUACGAGUCGAAAUACGUGUGCGAGCUCUGCGGGCGUAGUUACAAGCUGAAGACAGACCUGACCUACCACAUGAAGAGAUCGCACGCAUCGGAGUUGCAGAUUUGCCGAUUCUGCGGCAAGGAGGUGAAGAACGUGAAGGGCCACGAGUGGAGGCAUCAGAAACGCAGCAAAGAGGCGAGGUACGAGUACACUUGCCACCUGUGUCGCAAGAAGUUCCUCCACAGGAGCAGGCUAGACAAUCACUUGAGGCUUCACGAGAAGGGUUUCAAGUGCGAGGAGUGCGGCAAAGAAUAUCGUGGAACCCGCGAGUUGAUCAGCCACAGAAGGUACAAGCAUGGCCAGGCGAAGAUACUGACUUGCGUUUUGUGCCAGAAAGCCUUCCCAUCCAGCAGUAAUUUUUAUCAGCACGUUCUGACGCACGCCGGCAUCAGGCCUUACAAGUGCGACGUUUGCGAAGAGGAUUUCACGCAACGUUCCAGCCUUUUGAGACACAGGACGCAUCAUCCUGGCCCACUUCCGCCACUGCACUCGUCUCGUCCGCAGAUUGCUGAAUUGGCCAGGAGUUAUCUGCAGAAAUUGCAAAAUGACAAGAGUUGCGUCUUUGACGCGAGAUUAUGA